CAAAUCAUUAUGUGUAUUUUGUACAUGUGCCAAAGGAAAGCCCCUGAACAAACCCGGUUUUAGCAAUAAAACGGACGAACAAGUUUGGUUUUAUAAGUUGAAUUAAGAUCUAAACAAUGUAAGAAAUAUGUCUCACAAAGCAAUGCUAUGAAAAAAGACAACAGCGGUCAGGCGAAGGAUUUUCCGUUUACAUAAAUGUAGAUCUAUUUGUUAUUCUUUGGAACCAUAGAAUCCAGGACCGCCACCCCCUUAUGUAUGAUUCAAACAACAAAGAAAAAUUAUAUAAGACCCCUUGCCUCAAUCUCUUUCUUUAACCAAGCAAUUUUUACUAAGCUUAAAAGGAUUAUAUUAUAAAUUUAAUAAUGGACAAUAAAAACUGUGGAUGUGGCAGUGGAAAAGCUUGCACUUGCCAAAACCAAUGCUCUUGUGAAGCAUGCAAGGGUAACUGUGGUUGCAAGAGUGGUGACAGCAAAUGCCAAUGUGAAUCUUGCAAGUGUGGAAAGUAAUGAUUAAUCGCGGGGUUUCCCUUUCGUUUCAUACCUGCUCUGUUACCAUAAACAACCUUUUCGCAUCCCUUAUGUGCAACUUUUUAUCCAAGUUGGCGCAUUGACGAACCAGCAUACCUUUUCAGGAACGACGAUGGUAAUAUAAUGCAAUGAAUGAUAUAUGUUUAUUUCAUUUUAUUUUAUUUUCAUAGUUUGGCUGCAUAGUAUGAAAAACAAACAUGGAAUGAGAUAAUCAAAGUAUUGAAAUUUCGUGAGCUUCAAUUAAACAAGGUAUC